AUGCCGGACUGCAAGAAGAUUGUGCUGAAGGUGGACGUCGUCGGCGAUGCGUGCAAGGCCAAAGCCAUGAGCACCGUCGCCAAGUUCCAGGGCGUGAAGUCGGUGGCGGUGGACGGGGAGGGGACGCUGACGGUGGUGGGGGAGGUGGACGUGGUUCGCGUGGCCAAGGCGCUGCGCAAGGCCAGGUUCGAGGCGCGCGUCCUCAGCGUCGGCCCGGAGAAGCAGCCCGACAACAGCCCGCCCAAGAAGCCCGACGAGGCCGCCAAGAAACCCGCCGCCGACCAGGAGGCCAAGAAGCCGCCGCCGCCGCCGUGCUGCGCCGGCUGCAGCGCCUGCCGUCCACCACCGGUUCUGGUCCCGGCGCACGCGCAUCCUUUCCCCGGUGCCGUGGUGUGCUACGAGGAGCAGGCCGCGGGCAACGGGUGCGUCAUCCUCUGA